UCCACCCUCCUAGCCCGGGAAGCACACAGUGAGGGACAUGAAGGAGUGGCAGGAACUACACUGCGGAUGCGAAAGAAAGCAUGGGUCAUCAAAGGAAGAAUUAUUGCCCAAAAAGUUGUUGACAAGUGUGUCGUGUGCAAGAAAGCAAAAGCAAAGACCUGCCAGCAAAUAAUGGGAAACUUGCCUGAGGAGAGAUCGAAUCCGGCUGCACCAUUUCAAUUCACAUCUGUCGACCUGUUCGGACCGUACCAAGUGAAGGAUGAUGUCAAGAGGAGGGUGAGCAUGAAAGUAUGGGGCGUGCUCUUCUGCUGCAUGUCCAGCCGAGCCAUCCAUGUCGAACUGGCAAACACGCUAACAACGGAGAGCUUUCUACUUGCUUACCAGAGGUUCACUUCUGUCCGAGGCCAUCCUCAGAAGAUCUGGUCCGAUCCAGGUACGAACUUUAUUGGAGCAAAACCUGUCCUUGAAGAGAUGUACAGUUACCUGAGACGACAAAACAAAGGAUCACUAGAAGAAUAUGCUGCCAGGAAUGGGACCGACUGGAUGUGGAGAAUCCUUCCAGCCGAUUCACCUCACCGAAACGGUGCCGCCGAAGCUGCUGUCAAGAUCACCAAAAGAGCUCUACAAAGCCUUGGUAGAGGAGAAGGCCUUGCCUUCAGUGAAUUCCUGACUGUACUCAAGCUGGCCGCCAACCUUGCCAACGAAAGACCUAUCGACGCUAGAGUCCAGUGCCGUGAGGACGGCAUCCAAUACAUCACUCCAAACACCCUGUUGCUUGGUCGAGCCACACAAAGUGGAGAUUUCAAAACAUUCGACUACACAACUUACCCCUUCAAAAGGCUGCAAGAGAUUCAAAUGCAAGUCAGCUACUUUUGGAAGUCCUGGAGCCAACUCGCAGGUCCAAACCUGUUCAUCCGCAGUAAAUGGCAUACUGCUGAAAGAAAUGCUGCCAUUGGAGACAUAGUGUGGCUCUGCGACCAAAAUGCACUGAGGGGUCAGUUCAAGCUAGCAAGAGUUGUCAGUGUGAACGCAGAUCCCAAAGGCAUUGUCCGAGAUGUCCACGUGAAAGUCUCUCCAAGUGGGUGCGUUCAGGUGAAGACUCCAAACCCUGUCGUUAAAGAGUCCAGGUCUAAGGAGAAGGACUUCCAGGGCACCAUACUGCAUCGAGACGUCCGACGCCUUGUCGUCCUCAUCCCGGCGGAGGAUCAGGUCAGGGGAGACCAGCUCGCCUGAGAGGUGCGAUCUUUCCAGGUUACACUGCAAAGAUCGAGUGGGAGGUGUUGCGGCGAUCUGCCUGGAGGUGCGGCUGAAGGUGUGUGUGUGACAGCGGCUGUGCUGCUGCAUGCGCGUCACAGCAGAAGCGCUGCAUGCGUGUCACAGCAGAAGCGCUGCAUGCGCGUCACAGCAGAAGCGCUGCUCCGCGGCGCGCCUCACCAGGUGCGCUCUCCAGCAGUGUGCAGGACGGAGCUGAGAGCAGCAGAGACAGAGACGAUCACUAAAACCACGAAAGCACUUCACAAACGCAUGGGAAAAAGGACUCAAACCAAACGGACUACCGGUGAGCUCACCUCUUUCCACUGGACUGUUUAAUCAUGAUCCGACUGUUGAAGUUUAUGCGCUGUGAUUGAUGGCAGAGCUCAACUUCAGAAGAAUGUUUAUUUAGAUAAUUGAACUGUUAAAUAAGGUACAAUUGGUGCUUAUUUUGUUUCUUUUCUUUAUCUUAUUCACCACAAAUAUUUGUUUUACUUGUAGAGACAAGAAAUGGGCAAUUAGGGCGCUUAAAGCCUUGUAAAUGUAAUUUGAAGUAUAUUAAUAUAGAGAGUGGAUUUUGCUUUAUUAAAAGGCAAAGUAAAACAUUUAAUUCAUGUAUAAAAUAGUAUUUCUGUUAAAAGUGUUUAUGUUAAAAACUACAGUAAUAUUGGUUUAAAAUGCUUGAUUUCAUAUGAAUUAAUAGAGAAGUGUCAAGUUAAACUUGUUGUAGAAAUUCAUGU